AUGGAAAUUUUAAUACUUAUCCUGUGUGGGUUGUUGAUGAUGAAUGGGUCAACCAUGGCAGCAGAGAAGAUAAUUAAGUAUAAGGAUCCUAAACAGCUACUAAAUGUAAGGAUUAAGGAUUUGAUGGGGAGAAUGUCUCUAGAGGAGAAGAUCGGUCAAAUGGUUCAGAUUGAACGAUCGGUUGCUUCUAAAAACGUCAUGACUAAGUACUUCAUAGGAAGUGUGUUGAGUGGUGGAGGAAGUCCUCCAGCCAAGCAAGCAAGUCCUCAGGCAUGGAUCAAAAUGGUUAAUGAUUUCCAAAAUGGUUCAAUGUCUACUCCUCUUGGUAUCCCAAUGAUUUAUGGUAUAGAUGCUGUUCAUGGCAAUAAUAAUGCCUACAAGGCUACCAUUUUCCCACACAAUGUAGGCCUUGGAGCAACAAGGGACCCUGAUUUAGUUAAGAGAAUUGGAGUUGCGACCGCCCUUGAAGUUAGGGCAACCGGCAUCAGCUAUGCUUUCGCGCCAUGUAUUGCGGUAUGUCGAGACCCGAGAUGGGGACGAUGUUACGAGAGUUAUAGUGAAGAUCACAAAAUUGUUCAAUCGAUGACAUCUUUGGUUUCUGGAUUACAAGGAGAUAUCCCUAUCAAUGGUAGGAAGGGCGCCCCUUACGUUGGUGGCAAAGACAAAGUCGCGGCUUGUGCUAAGCAUUAUGUGGGUGAUGGAGGAACGACGAAAGGCAUAAAUGAGAACAAUACGGUGAUAGAUUUGCAUGGGUUAUUAGGCAUUCAUAUGCCGGCCUAUUACAAUGCUAUACGUGAUGGUGUAUCCACAGUUAUGGUCUCUUACUCUAGUUGGAAUGGGAUAAAAAUGCAUGCAAAUCGCGAUCUCAUCACUAAUCGUCUCAAGAAAAAGAUGCGCUUUAGAGGUUUUGUUAUUUCAGAUUGGCAAGGAAUUGAUAGGAUCACCACACCAGACCAUGCUAACUAUACAUAUUCCAUCUUGGCUGGAGUUCAAGCUGGUAUUGACAUGGUCAUGAUUCCUUACAACUAUACCGAAUUCAUCGAUGGACUGACCACCUUGGUGAAAAACAACUUUAUACCCAUGAGGCGAAUUGACGAUGCAGUUAGGAGGAUUUUGCGCGUAAAAUUCACCAUGGGCCUGUUUGAAAAUCCGUUUGCCGACGAAAGCUUUGUAAAAGAUUUAGGUAGUAAGAAGCAUAGAGAAUUGGCUAGGGAGGCGGUUAGAAAAAGCCUUGUUUUGUUGAAGAAUGGUGAAUCCGUAGAUAAACCGAUCUUGCCACUUUCCAAGAAGGCACCAAAGAUACUUGUCGCCGGCUCACAUGCCCAUAAUCUUGGAUAUCAAUGCGGUGGUUGGACAAUCGAGUGGCAAGGAAUUGGCGGUAACAACAACACCGAAGGCACGACAAUCCUUUCCGCCAUACAAAACACAGUCGAGAAAGAGACCGAAGUUGUUUAUUUAGAGAAUGUUAACAACACAAAAGCUGUUAAGGAAGGAAACUUCUCUUAUGCUAUCGUUGUGGUUGGGGAGCUACCCUAUGCCGAGACCAAAGGCGAUAGCUUGAACUUGACAAUCGCUGAACCGGGGCCAAACACGAUCCAAAAUGUGUGUGAAGCCGUCAAUUGUGUUGUCGUUCUUGUCACAGGUCGACCAGUGACAAUCAUGCAGUUAGUACCACAAAUGGAUGCUAUUGUUGCGGCUUGGCUGCCCGGAAGUGAAGGGCAGGGUGUUGCCGACAUGUUAUUCGGAGACUAUGGAUUCACCGGAAAGCUUUCGAGAACUUGGUUUAAGACGGUUGAUCAGUUGCCUAUGAAUGUUGGGGAUGCACAUUAUGAUCCCUUGUUUCCUUUUGGAUUUGGGCUCACCACAAAUACUACUAAAUAA